ACCGCAAUACGUGCCGAGCGGUGCCUUUGCGGGCGGUGCCUCCGAGACAGUGCGCGGCCAGCUCGACGCGCCUCCUCUCCAAUCGCUCCACGACCUCGCUCCGGGAAGCGGCGACGUGUCUGCUGCCACCUCGCAACCGGCCCCUUCCCUCGCUCCGUCUUCCCUCGCUCCGUCUCAGCCGGCGUCGAGCGAGGGGGGGCACUGGGUGACCAUCUUUGGCUACCACUCGGUCGCGAUGGUCCCCCAGGUGCUUGCCCUGCUCCGUCCCUCUGGCGGGCAGGUUGUCCAGCAGGUACCCGGCUCGGGGGCGUGGCUGCACCUGCGACUGGCGACGUGGCAACAGCAGCAAGAGGUCCUCGCCCGCCACGGCGCCGUCCUCCACGGCUGUAUGAUUGGCGUCAUCGCUGGCGUCGUCCCUUCGGGGUCGAUGGGUGCCUCGGCCGCCGCGGCGGGCCCUUUCCAGCCCGCGGCAGCGGCGGCGAUGCCGAUCUCGCUCUCGCGGCCCCGCCCGCCCGGCGGCAUGCACGGCGCGCUCGAUGAGCCACCGGGGCUGUUGCUGCGCAUGUCCGAGUACUUCCUCGGCUGGUAGAGUUUGGAUUGCCUCCGACUCCACCGACCAAGGCUACCUCGCGAGGGCAUGCCACUAUGGACGCUACCGACACUCUCCGCACGCGGAGCCCUGCCAGUACCUCACACCUCCGCCACGCUCCGAGAACUUGCCAAUCAAAACGGUCAAACUCUCUGCAUAUAUGCGAGACGAGAUGUGGGGGAUAGUUUGGACGCCGCGGGGGCCACUUCCGCUGUCCGGACUCACACUUGAGAUAUGAAGCAGUCGACACUAUCAAAA